AUGAAGCCUUUUUUGUUGUUGGGAGUAUGCAUUGUGGGUAUUAACGCGUAUUUAGGAGCAUGGAAUGAUGAAGAUACAGGUAGACUAGGAAAAUCUCUUCAGCAAGUUUUGAGCACAAAGAAAGACGAUAUUGCUUCUCUUCACUAUGCUGCUAGUACUUUGAAACUUCUGAAUGUCCAAGCCACUACUGCAUCUGCUCAGGCUGCUUGUGACAUUGCUAAGAAAGCUGAUUUGAAAUCUUUGGAAUCCCUCUAUCAUGCAGCUGGUCUAUCCAGUGCUCUUCCAAACUGCGCUUUCAGCUCAGUCAACGGAGUUAAGGAAACUCUCAAUGCCGUAUUGAAAGAGUCUAAUGUCACACCAGUCAAACUUUUCCAAGCACUUAAAGUAGCCGAAUUACUGGCUAUCCAGGUUGACAAAGCUGCUUUCGAUACUGCCUUAACCGCCUCGUUAAAAGAUGCCAACACCCCAGGACUCAUCGCCGGAAUUAACGCUGCUAAUCUUCUUGAAAAGGCCACCUCUGCUAAGUACGGCGCCAAAAUUGCCAGCAUUAUUUCCCAGGCCAAUGUCGUCGACGGAAAGUUCUUGAACUUUGAUGGUGGUCUUGCUACUACUGCUGACGCUAUCGUUGGAGUUCAAACUCUUGCAGCUCAACAUGGAAAGCCUGGAUUCAACGAUAAACACUUAGCUCUCGUAGCUAGAUACCUCGUCGAUUCCAAAAACGUAAACACCCCCGUUACUGCCUACAGCUAUAUCCGUGCUCUGGACUACUUAUCAAAAAGCCAACAAGUACCCGUUGUUGUUUUCACCGACUCCGCCACUGCUGUCGACCUUGGAAAGAACUCCAAUAUCAAAGUAACCGAUGUGUACGGAAAGCCAGUAGAUGUUACUGCUAAGGUAACCAUCAAGUCAUAUCUUGGCAAAGUUGCUGCUCAAGGAGCUACUCUGAAGAAAGUAUCCACUGGUGUCUAUGAAGUUCCUUUGGAUCAGGUCAAGGAAGCUAGUGUGUAUGAUGUUCUUGUCGAUUUGGAUACUACUAACAAGAAGCUUGUUGGUCUCACUGGACAUUCCGUUCGUUUCUCAGUUGUUCGUGAUGUAACAGUCGAAGGGCUCCAACUGGGAAUUUUGGAUAAUCAAGAUACCGAAGAAACUGGCUUGAAGAGCAUCGCUGUUUUCUCCAAGCACGGAUCUGUUUUACAAGCUGAUCAUACCAAGAGAGUCUUCACUAAGUUCUCCUUGAAAGCCAAGGCUGGAGGCAGCACUGUUGUUGCUCAACAAGUUUUCAUUGUUCUCUCACAUUCUACCUCUGGAGCUGAGUACUAUUAUGCAGCUAAAUCUGUUGGAAACUCAUAUGUUGCUGAUAUCGGUCUCGCUAAGGCUCAUAGCGAAUGGGGUGCUCAAUCUGGUAAAUAUACCAUCAAGGUUUAUGUUGGUGAUGCCACUAUGAAGAACGUGAUUGAGUGGGCUUAUGCUGAUCUCAGUCUCACUCUUCUCCCUGCCCCAGUUGAAAUUGUUCCUAAAACACAAGAAGUUGUUUAUGAACCACUGCCCGAGAUCAAGCAUUUGUUCCGACAACCUGAUAAGAGAGCUCCAGCUUUCCUAUCUUCUUUGUUCACAGUUGCCUGCUUGUCUCCUUUAGGAGUUCUAUUCAUUUUGUGGUUGAGAAUUGGCAUCAACUUCGGUAAUAUGCCAGCCAGUCCUUGGGUUCUCCUUUUCCACUCAGGUCUUGCCGCUGUCUUCGGUUUGUAUGGAGUUUUCUGGCUCCAGCUAAAUAUGUUCGAGACGCUCAAAUACUUGGCCAUCAUUGGAACAUUCACUUUCUUGGCUGGUAAUCGUCUACUUAGACAAAUUGCUGAUAAGAGAAAGGUUAAGGCUGAAUAA